GCGCCGCAGACACCGCGACGAUAACACUAUAACAUAACCAACACAAUUCAUACGCGACCUUGCUCCCGCCGCAACCCCUUAUCACAAUUUUUAUCAACAUACUAAACAAAAGGUAGAAAUAUUCUGAAUGAACGCUCGAUAAUGCUGAUAACGACGCCCUUGAAACGGCUAAUCAAGUGACAGAAAACCAAGUGUUUCCAAUUUAGAGGGUCCAGGACGAUUACUGUGGACGCAGUGUUUUGCAUUUCCUCGGCUUCACGUAGGACGCUGUUGAUGAAGGAACCAUUACCGGUGUGGGCAGUGAUUAUGGCGCGCAGUGACUAGUGUCGGUCCCGUGGGUGGUUUAUUUCGAAAAAUCUGCUCAACGAUUGGCCGAAGAUGGAUCGGACAAUGUAUGGCAAGGUGCUGCCAGGCACUUAUUAUCCAUUCCGCUGUGCGAUGAAGGAGAACGGAAUAUCGCCGGGCUACGCCCUGCUAGCAGACCUGCAGAACUCCAUCAACCCUGGCCACAGAGUGGGCUCUCCCAUCGGCCGGACAUCGUCUCCGGGCUUCAGAACCGCGUCCCCUGGCGGCAGAACUGCUUCCCCUGGAGGGAGGACUGCAUCUCCUGGGGGGAGAACUGCAUCCCCUGGGGGGAGAACUGGCUCCCCUGGCAGCCUCAGCUCGCCUACGUCUACUGGCUACGGGUCUAUUAAUGGAUCUAGGAAUAUCGGCUCGGAUUAUAAUAAGCCGGGAUCGCCGACAUACCAGAACACAUCAUCGCUAGAAAAGGUCAUCCCAGUGAAAUACACCGGCAGCUCAGCGUACGCUGGUCACAACCCCUCCUACAAUGGGGCACCAGGCUACGGGAGCACCAACGGCCAGGGUGGCUAUGGAAGGACUGGACGAGGGAACCUGUCAGAGUUGGACACCCUUCUUGAUGAUCUGAGCAAUGCGAGAUAUGCCAACUAUGCGGACAAGAGCGGUUACCAUGACAGGACUGAUGGGUACGGCAGGACAAACGGCGCGACGAGCCCGGCGGCGCGGCCCAGCGUGGACGCGCUGCUCGACCAGCUCAGCACCGACCUGCACAACGGGUCAUCCACAUCGCCGGUCCCCUCUUCCGGCAGCCUGCCCCGACCCGGCACUAAGACGGUCACCGUGACGGUCCAAGAGACGGUGGUGGAGCCGGCGGCGCCGCGCCAGCAGGCCACCGAGCACGCCGCGCCGCCGAGGCACCACACUUCUAGUGCCACCAAGGAGCUGGAUGAACUCAUGGCUUCGUUGUCGGACUUUAAGGUGAGCAGCUCCGGCGAGGUGGUCCCCGCCGGCACGCACGUCACUCGCUCGCAGCACGCCUGGCAGGAGACCUACCGCUCGCAGCCCGAGCCCGCCUCGCUCGACCGCAUGCUCGGCUCGCUACGCGCCGACAUGAGCCGCCAAGGAGUCCAGACGCCCCAGAAGGGAUGCUGCAACGCUUGCGAGAAGCCGAUCGUCGGACAGGUGAUCACGGCGCUGGGCCGCACGUGGCACCCGGAGCACUUCACGUGCGCGCACUGCACGCAGGAGCUCGGCACGAGGAACUUCUUCGAGCGCGACGGCCGCCCGUACUGCGAGCCCGACUACCACAACCUGUUCUCGCCGCGCUGCGCCUACUGCAACGGACCCAUCCUCGACAAAUGCGUGACGGCGCUCGAGAAGACGUGGCACACUGAGCACUUCUUCUGCGCUCAAUGCGGUCAGCAGUUCGGUGAAGAAGGGUUCCACGAGAGGGAUGGGAAGCCGUACUGCCGCAACGACUACUUCGACAUGUUCGCGCCGAAGUGCGGCGGCUGCAACAAGCCCAUCAUGGAGAACUACAUCUCGGCGCUCAACACGCAGUGGCACCCUGACUGCUUCGUUUGCAGGGAGUGCCGAGAGCCCUUCCACGGAGGCUCAUUCUUCGAGCACGAGGGUCAACCCUACUGCGAAGUCCACUACCACGGCAAGCGAGGGUCCCUCUGCGCCGGCUGCCACAAGCCCAUCGCCGGCCGGUGCAUCACCGCCAUGUUUAGGAAGUUCCACCCGGAACAUUUUGUGUGCGCCUUCUGUCUUAGGCAACUGAAUAAGGGCACGUUUAAAGAGCAGAAUGACAAGCCGUAUUGUCAUACUUGUUUUGAGAAGCUGUUUGGUUAGUUUGUGAGUUCAAAUUUAAUGUUUCUGUGACGUGAUGGGAUCGAAUUGUAUUGUUACAAUUAACAGCUUCUUAACAGAAGCUGUUUUAUUCUGGAAGUUUAUCUUAUGAUGCAGAUUGAGUAGAUUGUAAAUGAAAAAUGUUCAUAUUAUUAAUUAAAUGCUAUAAGUAUCACAGUUUCAUAAACGAAUAGGUUCCACCAUUGAGCCAUAAUAAAAGAAAAAUGGAAGUAGCUAAAUGUUGCUUGCUAGAUCACUGACUUCUAUGUCAAUUAAAUAAUGUUGAAUUCUUAAUUUCUAUUUGU